AUCAUCGGGGCUGGAUCCUAAACAGCUCUGUACCUCUCAUAUUAGUGUACUACGUCGUAUAUGACAACAACGUGUAUACGCCCUACCUAGUGCACUACGUCUAAAAACACAGCUCUAUUCAGGAAACAGCCGGGGUUGCUUCGUUCUAUUUCGGAGCACUGCAUCCUUCAUUUCUCAGCAUCCUUUCAAAUUGAACUCGUUUAUGUUGUUUUAACCCAAAAGCCGAAUCAAGUUUUUUUUUAAUAAAUGUAAGAAUGUGACUUUGUUCAGGAGGUGUUCGAAGGUUCCAUGCUAAAAUACAGUAAUUUGGCCAGAACAUCAGGGCUGGAAGUGAGCGUCUCCUCAUGGGCAGCGUAUUGGCCUUGUCAUCUCGCCCUGGGCGUCAGAAUUCUCCUUUCCCCCAGGACAGACCCCUGUCGCGGUGGGACAAGAGAGACGGAAGACUUCCAAACCCAGGCAGCUUUGACGGCCUUCAUCGCAGCUGCAAAGAUGUGUUUCCACAGCAGGUUGAAGGUGUGAAGAUGGUCAUAAACAAAACCCUGAGCAGCUUUUUCAAGGUCAACCACACGAUUCAUAUCAGUGCCGUGGCUCCGUCGACGUACCGCUUCCACGUGGAGCACCUUCAGUCAGACACAGACAGCAAAGAAACAGGCUCGCCCAUGCUGAUUGGAGAGAUGGACUCCACUGGCAGCCUGAACGCUCACUCCUUAUUCCACCUGAGCGAGCGACUACGAGCCAAAGCAGUCUUUCAGACAGUGCAGUCACAGUUCGUCACAUGGCAGUUCGAGACAGAGUACAGGGGCAGUGACUUCACGGCCGCCGUCACUAUGGCCAACCCGGAUAUCCUGAGAGAAUCUGUAAUCAUGGUGGCGCACUUCCUCCAGAGCGUUUCUCCACAUCUGGUUCUUGGCGGAGAGCUGGUUUACCACAGAGGGCGAGCUGAAGAAGGCGGCAUCCUCACCCUUGCUGGGCAAUACUCAGGUCCCAACUGGGUCGCUACGUUAAAUGCUGGUAAAGGAGGAGCCCAUGCCAGCUAUUACCAUAGAGCCAACAAGCAGAUUCAGGUUGGAGUGGAGUUCGAGGCCAGCACUAGGACCCAGGAGACCAAGUUCUCUUUUGGCUAUCAAAUGGAUUUACCAGAAGCCAACAUGGUCUUCAGAGGUAUGCUGGACAGCCGGUGCAUCAUCGGAGGUGUCCUCGAGAAGCGCUUGUGUCCUCUUCCGGCUACGCUCAUCAUGGGGGCCUUCGUCAACCACAGAGGAGACAAGCUGCAGGUCGGCCUCGGAGUGAACGUCGGCUAGGGCUUUAUUGGUGUUCCGGAAAUAUCCUCAGGUCUGUCCAAAUGACUCUAUAGCUAAACUAACCUGGAUGUUUUGAGGUGGACGGUGUUAAACGAAAUGGAGAAAAAAAACACUUCCACGUUGGUGCUGUCCUUCCUCAAACUACGACACGGCUGUCACAAACACCUCGGAUGAUCCUAAUGAUAAUAACCUUGAUGGGAUAUAUGACUGGAGAAGAAACUGGAUAUUUUAUGGAUGUUUUGGAGAAAGACUUAUGCAGCAUUAUUUUUUAUUCAUUAUGCAGUCAUUUGCAAUUCUCUCUGAUAUCAGAAAGAAAAAAAAAUAUUCCGGAUACGCUGUCAGCGUUUAUUAUUUUCCUUUACACACCCUGUUGUGUUUAUUUCUUACUUAUUU